UUCUUCCAAGGAAACCCAACGAAGGUGUUCGAAGAAAUGCCUUAGUGAGCCGUUGAGAUCCACCAAGAAUCUGCAGGGGUCUUUGAGGCGCUCGUGGAGGAACUGGAAUCGAUCACCUAAAGUAGAUGUUGAUCUCUCUCCAACAUCUGAAUCAAGGAAGAAGAAGACGAAGAAGCCGCAAUCUUCUCGUCUCCACCGAUUUCCAACACCUGAUGCAAGGAAGAAGAAGACGAAGAAGCUGCAGUCUUCUCGUCUCCACCGAAAGCCAAAACUCAAGAAACCACCAUGGCCAACCUUAAGCAAGAGAAAGCCAAAGCUCAAGAUCCCACCGUGGCUAAUCUCAAGCAAGAAGAAGAAAAAACCCAACAAGAAACCGCCAGUUUCAAAUGUUUCAGCCAUGGCCAGCAACACAGUUUUAGCCAUGGCCAGCAACGGAGCUAAGAGAAUCAUCAGAGGAUUGAGAUCCUCAGCUCUCAUCCUCAAGUUUCUGCCUAAUUUCGUUCGCCACCUCAGCAACAAGGCUCGCCGGAACUGCGGCAACAUCGGAAUUGCUCAAGUCGCCGCGGCCUCUUGGGCCAACUCGCCGUCUGAUGAGGAAUCUCUCCCUUCCGCCUGUAAAGAACACGCUCUGCAAAAGGAGCUCAUAGGCCAGGGAACUGAAAAGUUAGAUCUUCAAGGGAAAGUUGUGGUGCUAGGGUUCAUCGAUUCACAUGUGCAUUUAAUAGCUGGCGGAUUGCAGAUGGGGCGAGCGGAACUUCGAGAUGUCAAAAGGCAAGAAGAUUUUGUACAGAAAGUCAAAGAAGAUGUUAGAGAUAAAACUCCUGGUGAAUGGGUAUUAGGUCAUGGAUGGAACAAUGAUAUUUGGGGAGCUUUACCUGGUGCUUCUUGGAUAGAUGGGAUUACACAUGACAAUCCUGUUUGGUUAUCUCGUAGGGAUGGUCAUAUGGGAGUUGCCAAUUCACUAGCACUGAAGAUUGCCGGAAUCACUAAUAUUACAAAAGAUCCAGUUGGUGGCUCCAUUCUAAGAACUAUGGAUGGAGAACCUACUGGACUACUGGCUGAUUCAGCGAUGAAACUUGUACUUGAUGUGAUUCCUGAGGUCUCAGUUAGUGAGAGGAGAAAUGCAUUGUUAAAGGCGAGCAAAUAUGCACUGAUGAAGGGAGUGACAACAGUAGUUGAUGUAGGAAGAUAUAUUCCUGGUACACCAGUAGAUCAUCCUUGGCAAGAUCUUUCAGAUGUUUAUAUGUGGGCUGAUUCCACUGGUAAAAUGCUGAUCCGAGUGUGCUUAUUCUUUCCAAUACAGUCAUGGUCUUGUCUAGCUGAAUUUCGUGAAAAGAAAGGAUCAUCCUUAAGUCAGUGGAUUUAUUUGGGUGGUGUCAAAGCUUUUGCUGAUGGGUCCUUGGGUUCCAACAAUGCACUCUUCCAUGAGCCUGAUGAAGAUGACCCUCACAAUUAUGGUUUGAGAGUGACUGAUUUUGACGGACUGAUUGAUUUCAAAGAAGGCAGACAGGGAGGCUUUGAGUGUGGACGAUAUGGAAAACCAACUACUCAGGUGUUGGAGAAGAAGAUGAGUGCAUUGGAGAGGGCUGAAACCACUUUGUUUGUGUCCUCUGGCAUGUACGCCAGUUGUGCGGUGCUCUCGACCCUGGUUCCUGCAGGUGGCCAUAUCGUUACAACAACUGAUUGCUAUAGGAAGACAAGGAUGUUCAUUGAGAAUGAGCUUCCAAAGAAGGGAAUCGUUUGACAUCUCAAGUUCUCGUCAAAUGGAAGCAGCGCACUUCAUUAGAUUCAACUUGGGAGCCUUCCUGGGAACUUGUUAAACAAUUUUCUACAUUUGACCUUGAGACA